AUGGACCCUUUAGCUUCCCAACAACAACAACAACACAAUCCUGACGAUAACCAACAAUCCCUUUCCCACAAUCCUCAAUCCGAUUCCACCACCACCACCGACUCAACCUCCUCCGCUCAACAACGCAAACGCAAAGGCAAAGGUGGUCCCGACAACUCCAAGUUCCGUUACCGUGGCGUCCGACAAAGAAGCUGGGGUAAAUGGGUCGCCGAGAUCCGUGAGCCACGUAAACGCACUCGCAAGUGGCUUGGUACUUUCGCCACCGCCGAAGACGCCGCACGUGCCUACGACCGAGCCGCCGUUUUCCUCUACGGGUCACGUGCUCAGCUCAACUUAUCUCCUUCAUCUCCUUCCUCCGUCUCUUCCACUUCCUCAUCCGUCUCCGCCGCUUCCACUUCUCCUUCUUCCUCCUCUUCCUCCACUCAAACCCUAAGACCUCUCCUCCCUCGUCCCGCCGUCUCCGGAGCCUCCGCCUUUGGUCCGUACGGCGUGUCUUAUAAUAACAACAUCUUCCUUUCUGGUGGGCCCUCUAUGUUGUGCCCUAGUUAUGGUCUUUUCCCUCAACAACAACAACAACAAAAUCUGAUGAUGCAAGUGGGACAAUUCAAUCAUCAGCAACAGUAUCAGAGUCUUCACUCUAGUAAUAGCAAUAACAAGAUCGGUGACGUGGAGCUCACUGAUGUUCCGGUAACCAAUUCGGCGUCGUUUCAUCAUGAGGUUCCGUUACGGCAGGAAGUACAAGGAGGAAAUGGGUGUAAUAAUAAUAAAAACUCGAUGGAGGGUUUAAACUCUCUAGCUGGUUCGGUUGGAUCGAGUCUUUCGAUGUCUACGGCUGUUCUUGAUCCGGUUUGUUCUAUGGGUAUGGAUCCAGGUUACAAUAUGGUUGGAGAUGGAUCUUCUACGGUUUGGCCUUAUGGUGGAGAAGAUGAGUAUAGUCAUUGGGGGAAUAUUUGGGAUAACUUUCUUGAUCCUUUGCUUGACUUUUGA